CCGCAACAGGAGGAGGAGGAGGCGGUGGAGGGAAGGGGCCAGCCCCGAGCAGAGCAACAGAUGGCUAAGAGCUAGCAAGGCACAUUCAGGACCAUGAUGGCUCAGUUUCCCACAGCCAUGAAUGGCGGUCCAAACAUGUGGGCUGUCACCUCUGAAGAGCGAGCAAAGCAUGACAAGCAGUUUGAGAGCCUUAAACCCAUAGGAGGAUAUAUUACAGGUGAUCAAGCACGUACCUUUUUCUUGCAGUCAGGUCUACCAUCAUCAGUCCUAGCUGAAAUAUGGGCUCUUGCAGACCUGAACAAAGAUGGGAAGAUGGAUCAGCAGGAAUUCUCCAUAGCUAUGAAACUCAUCAAACUAAAAUUACAAGGUCAACACUUGCCUGUGGUCCUCCCACCUAUCAUGAAGCAACCUCCAGUAUUCUCUCCGUUAAUUUCUGCUCGCUUUGGAAUGGGUAGUAUGCCAAAUCUGUCCAUCCCAACAUCUGUGCCUACAAUUGCACCUUUAGCUCCCAUGUCAUCAUUGACCUCAGUGACUUCGAUUCCUCCCUUGGUUAUCUCUACUCCCCUGAUGCCUUCUAUCAGUACAUCAUCAUUGCCAAAUGGAACAUCCAGUCUCCUUCAGCCUUCACCUAUGUCUUUCUCUUCAACAUUGCCUCAUCCUGGUUCUUUCAGUCUCAUGGCAGGAGGAUUUGGUGGUACUAAUAUACAGAAGGCACAGUCUCUGAUCGAUUUAGGAUCUAGUAGUUCAAAUUCUUCCUCCACCGCUUCACUAACUGGGAGUUCACCUAAGUCUGGAUCCUCAGACUGGGCAGUUCCUCAGGCCUCCAGAUUAAAAUACAGGCAGAAAUUUAAUAGUCUUGAUAAAGGCAUGAGUGGAUACCUAUCAGGAUUUCAAGCAAGGAAUGCCCUUCUGCAGUCAAACCUUUCUCAGACUCAGCUGGCUACCAUUUGGUCACUAUCUGACAUUGAUGGAGAUGGACAGCUGAAAGCAGAUGAGUUUGUGUUAGCCAUGCAUCUAACUGAUAUGGCCAAAGCUGGGCAGCCUCUGCCAUUGACCCUGCCUCUUGAAUUGGUACCUCCUCCUUUCAGAGGUGGAAAAUAUGCCGAAAAUGUUAAUGGAACUCUGCCAUCUUGCCAGCGAAUGCAAGAAGAGGAGCCCCAGAAAAAACAGCCAGUUACAUUUGAGGACAAGAGGAAAGCAAACUAUGAGAAAGGAAACAUGGAACUGGAGAAACGGCGUCAAGUCCUACUGGAGCAGCAGCAGAGAGAGGCGGAACGUAAGGCUCAGAAAGAAAGAGAAGAACAGGAGCGAAGAGAGAGAGAACUGCAGGAGCAGGAGCGGAAAAAGCAGCUUGAACUGGAAAGGCAUUUUGAGAAACAACGAGAGCUGGAAAGACAAAGGGAGGAAGAGAGGAGAAAAGAAAUAGAAAGGCGGGAGGCAGCAAAGCAGGAACUCGAGCGCCAGCGACGGCUGGAAUGGGAGAGAAUUCGACGCCAAGAUCUUCUUAAUCAGAGAAACAGGGAACAAGAAGAAAUUGUCAAGUUGACCUCUAAAAAGAAGAGCCUUAAUCUUGAAUUAGAAGCCCUGAGUGGCAAACAUCAGCAGAUCACAGGCAGGCUGCAAGAUGUUCGAAGCAGAAAAGAAAUUCAGAAAAGUGAGCUGGAAGCUCUAGAUAAAAAAUGUGAUUUGGGAAUUGUAGAAAUCAAACAGCUACAACAACAACUUCAGGAAUAUCAGAAUAAACUAAUCCAUUUAGUUCCUGAAAAGCAGUUAUUAAAUGAGAGAAUAAAACACAUGCAGCUGGACAAUACUCCUAAUACAGGAAUCAGUUCAGUGAACAAGAAGUUCCUAGAAAAGGAAGAAUUAUGCCAAAGACUUCGGGAGCAAUUAAAUGCCCUAGAAAAGGAAACUGCUUCCAAACUCUCUGAAAUGGAUACCUUUAACAAUCAGCUGAAGGAACUGAGAGAAAGCUACAACACACAGCACUUAGCCCUUGAGCAACUUCAGAGGAUAAAACAAGAGAAAAUAAGAGCUGUAGAAAGAAAAAGAGCUGAGCUUGCACAGAAAAAGCGACUAGAGGAUGAGGCUGCAAGGAAAGCAAAACAGGAGAAAGAGAACCUAUGGCAGGAAAAUGUCCGAAAGGAAGAGGAGGAGAAAAAAAAGCGAUUACAGGAAGAGCGAAUGCAGGAAAAAAUUCAGGAAGAAAAACAAAAAGCUGAGGAGGCAGCUGCCCAAGUGAGAGAGAGGGAGUUCCAGUUGCAAAAAUUGGCUGAGGAGAAACAUGAGGAGGAGAGGAACAAGCUAGCUGAGAUUCAGCGAGAAACAGAACAACAAAGGAAGAGACAACUGGAAGAAGACAAAAGGAAGCAAGAACAGAUUGCAAAAGAAGCUGAGGAGAGGCGUAAACAGCAUGAAGAAGAGAAGAGAAGAAAAGAUGCAGCCAACCUGCAAGAGUCAGAGAAACACACUUCAAAAUUAAACUUAAAUGAGAAAUUUGCAGACUUGUUGAAACAGACUGAGGGUAGAAAUCUUAAGCCUACGUGGAGAAGUGAAGGUAAUGUAGUUAGUGCCACAGAAUCUAGGAAUUCAGCUGUCUUGGUGAAUUACAGAGCUUUAUACUCAUUUGAAGCAAGGAAUAAUGACGAGAUGAGUUUUAAUUCUGGGGAUGUAAUUCAGGUUGAUGAGAAAACCGUGGGAGAGCCUGGUUGGCUAUAUGGGAGCUUUCAAGGUCAUUUUGGCUGGUUUCCAUGUAACUAUGUAGAAAAAAUAUCAGAAAAUGAAAAAGCUUUAUCUCCUAAAAGGGCCUUACUGCCUCCUACAGUAUUUUUGUCUACUACCUCAGCUCCUCCAGAACCACUUUCACCAAGUAGAUCAGCAGAAGACACUGAUUACCAAAACGUACCUUUCUCAAGCCUAACUGUUAACACAACAUGGCAGAAAAAAUCCGCUUUUACUCGUACUGUGUCCCCAGGAUCUGUUUCUCCUGUUCAUGGACAGGGACAAGCUGUGGAGAAUUUAAAAGCACAGGCACUUUGCUCCUGGACUGCAAAAAAAGAUAACCACUUGAACUUUUCAAAAAACGAUGUAAUUACUGUGCUGGAGAAGCAGGAAAACUGGUGGUUUGGAGAGGUGCAUGGAGGAAGGGGAUGGUUUCCUAAAUCCUAUGUCAAGAUCUUGCCUGGAAAUGAAAACAAACGAGAGGAACCCGAAAUUAUUUAUGCAGCUGUAAACAAGAAGCCUAGUACACCAUCUUAUACAAUUGGAGAGGAGUAUGUUGCACUCUAUUCCUAUACAAGCGCCGAACCUGGUGAUUUGACUUUUGCUGAAGGAGAAGAAAUACUAGUCACUCAGAAAGAUGGAGAAUGGUGGACAGGAAGUAUUGCUGACAGAACUGGAAUCUUUCCAUCAAACUAUGUCAGACCUAAGGAUCAAGAUGGUUCUGGUACUGCUGGCAGAACUGGGACACUAAAUAAGAAACCUGAGAUUGCCCAGGUGACUACAGCAUAUGCUGCAUCAGGGACAGAACAGCUUAGUCUGGCUCCAGGACAGCUGAUACUUAUUCUGAAGAAAAACCCUAGUGGAUGGUGGCAAGGAGAGUUACAGGCAAGAGGGAAAAAGAGGCAGAAAGGAUGGUUUCCUGCCAACCAUGUUAAAUUGUUGGGUCCAAGCAGUGAGAGAACUACUCCUGCUGCUCUCUCAGUAUGUCAAGUGAUAGCAAUGUAUGAUUAUGCAGCAACCAAUGAAGAUGAGCUCAGUUUCUCCAAGGGACAGAUCAUUAAUGUACUGAGAAAAGAUGAUGCAGAUUGGUGGCAAGGAGAAAUCAGUGGUGUGACAGGUCUCUUUCCUUCAAACUAUGUGAAGAUGACCACAGACUCUGAUCCAAGCCAACAGUGACCCAAUGUUGUCUUCCAGUGUGAAAGCACCUCAGAGACCCACUAUCCAAGUUUGACUAUAGCGUGGAGGCAGGGUGGACAGCCCUGCUCAAAUAUCUGACACAAUCCAUUUGCUUCGUUUGAAUGUUAGAUCCACACGAGAAUUAGUUUUUUGUAUUUUAUAAUCUGCUGUUACAAUUAAUUUGUAAAACCAGAAAGGAUAGUGGGUCUUUGUGUGGCUUUCACUGCUGUCCACCCUGGUUUCCGCUAGUGUUUUUUUUCCUUUUCUUGAUAAUCAUAGAUCAUUAGCAUGCAUAUCAAGGUAUCCCUUGCGUGGUGGGAUUUCAGACACACAAAGACCCACUAUUUGCACAAGUUAGCUGAGCUGUUUUAUAUUGGCAGAUGUCUUCUUGUAAUGUUGUAACUUGUGCAUACUUUGCAGAAUUAAAAUAUUUGCUGAUUACUGCUCUGAUAGACUAGUUUAAUCCUGUACACAGUGAGCUUUUUAAAUUACCAACAUAUAUGAUUCAUCCAAAAAAUAAAACCUGGCCUACCUUUCUACAUUACAGAGUGCCACUGUGACUACAAGUAUGCCAUGUGGUUUAGGUUUUACAUCAUAGAACUGUUUUUCUGAUUUGGUCCAGCCUUCCAAAUGACCUUUUUGUGAGGAGAGGAGUUUAGAGGUGGAAUGGAGGAUGCUUUCAUUUCGUUUUCUUCUCUCAUCUCAUCACAGUAGCACUAUGGGGCAUUUUCUCUCAAGGCAAAGAGAAACUAGGCUAAUAUAAUUUGUGGGCUGGCCUGCAAGUUGCUUUGGGUGGAUGUGCCCUAUCCCUUGGCCACCACCUUCCCUCAAUUAUUUUACCAUUGUAACACACUUGUCGUCAGUUUUGGUGAACAGCAUCCUCUAGUCUUACUACAAUGGGUACCAUGCUGCCUCUGUGCUGUCAGACUCACCAAUCUGCCCUUGUUUUUUUAAAUUAAGAGUUCUGGUACAGGACUGAAUGGCUCUUAAGACUGAUAAUUGGAUACAGAGCCUUUUAUCUCUAGGACACCAAUUUGUAUCUGGUCCAGGUAAAUAGUGAAUGAAAGUCUUUGGCAUCUGAAAGCUGUUUUUGUUCCUAUUAUGAAAUGAAUUGGUGGUCUCAGUCAAGUUCCUCCUAUACAAGUGUCCACAAUAAUAUAUGCCACCACCAGAAAAGACACUAGUAGACACCCUUGUUAGCUGAAAGAGGAAGGCCAAGGAUUUAAAUGGUCUUGGAAACUGAACCAUCCGCUCUUCUGGUUCAGAGGAAGCUUUUCCAGGUCAGAGUUUGAAGGACACAGUGGCAGAGUGUUGUAGAUAAACUUGUACUGCCCAUGCUGUCUCUGUUAUGUGCAUAAAAUGAGGACUUCUGUCUCCAGGGCUAUAAAUCUUGCAUCGUUUAGCAGCCCUGAAUUACUUUAAAAGGGAAGAAAAGUUAGUAAAUAGAUUUCCUUUAGUUGCUUUUAAAAUGAAAGGGUCUAUUUAAUGGCAGACCAUUCAUCUAAUAAAACAGUUCUAUGAUCCAUACAACACAAAGAGAAUUUCUAGUAGAUGCAGUAUUAAAUUCAGUUUGCAUCCUGAAUUUGGGAUUGAAAUUACAAACAUGUGGAUUAUGCAAUCUGAAAUUGUUUACAAGCUGCUGUAAGUUUACAAUAUAUAUGAAUGUUGUGAGGUACUAUCAGGAAAAAGUGUUAAUACAAUUGCAGAGAUUUAAAAGCCUUCUUCCAAAAGUUCUAUAAAAGGAGUGAAAUAUUAUGUAUUUAAUAUACUUUAUCAAGUAAUGUAUGUGUGUCCCUUAGGUCAGAGAGAUAUAUUUUGUGCAAUACAAAUUACAGUAAGGUGCCUACAUCAAAUUAUAAAUGGAUUUUUAUUCCAGUUGUAUUUUAUCUCAAUAUUCUGUUAUUGAAUGAAUUAACUUUAAUUAGAGGCAAAGAAUCUGCUAAUUAAUUGCUCAGAUAGCAAUGUUCUAGCUGACUUAAUGUCUUUUUCAUGUUGAAAUUAGAUUUUUAGCUAAGGCUGUUUCUAUUCAAAUGUGCUAAUUGCCCUGUAUUGCCUUCUCGUAAUUUUCUUAUUUUGCAGAUCUGUUUAAUACAGGCAGAAGUGUGCUGCUGUGGUACAAUAGUCACUUAUUGUAGGCUAAUAUCUGGGUGUCUUUGGGACCCAUCCGCUUUCAAAAAUUCAAAAUUCAAGGCACUAUUUACCCAGAGAGUUUGGGCCAGAUAUAACUCUCUAAUAGCCAAUAAAAUUGUUGCCUUGAUUGCCAAGUUACUAAAAGAUCUCAGUAAAAAUAAAAAAAGAAAUAAAGUCAUGCACUGUCUAAUAUGUGCUGGGAAAUAAUAUUAUGGUAUUUUUCAGCAAUAAAUAAUGAUUUACCCACUUAAACACAGCUGCAGUUGAAUAUUAGGGAUAGUGUUCUAUAUCUGUAUGGUUUGACCCAUGUAAACCCAUAGCUGGAAGUAAGCAUUCACAAUUAAAACACAAACAGCUGCAUUCAGUUUGAAUUUACAGGUGCUAGAACUGAGUUCAGAGACCUGCUGCCAUGGGCUUUCCCUGUUGUAAUUAAAUGUUGUAGUGUUAUUUGAGAGUCAUGGUGGAUGAGGUAGUAUCUUUUGUUGGACCAACUUCUGUUGGUGAGAAACAAUAGUUUGAACUACAAAGAGCUUAAAAUAUCUCUCUCACAAACAGAUAUCACCACUUCCACCUUGUCACUCUAAUAUCCUGGGACCGACAGGGCUACAACUGUACUGCAUAGAGCAGUGUUAUUUGAGUAUCAUCAGUGAGCUCCACACUGUAAAAAAUGGAAAAGGCCACAGUCCCUCCCUCAGUGUUUAUCUUCUAUAUCAGACAGAUUUUUCAGGUUAGACAUGAUGCACCAGAUAACUAUGUGGUCUGGUCACAUAAUGGUACAGAAGGAUUUUUUUAAUACACAUUUUAGAUUGUGGAUAAGAAGAGGUUGUGCAGAAUAUUUAUUUUAAGGCAAGAUUUUAAAGAACCCUGCUGUAUCAAUACAGGUAUAUAGAUGGGAGCAGCUUAGUCUAAAGAGAUUUUAGCUUUAAAAGUGAAUGUCCUUGCUUAUGUGGGUUUAAUUUCAAUGCUUACAACUAUGUUAGCAUCUCAAUGGCUACAUUGAUCCAGUCUCUCUCAGGCACAAGCUUGGAGAGACAUAUAGGUUCAGCCACCGUUCUAGCCAUUUAAGAAAAUUAGUUGUAAAGGGUCUAGUCCCUCUUGACACAAAGGAGGAUGGCAUGAUGUGGAGCUCCACAAGGGUGACAUUGGAAUUGGGGAGACUCCUCUAGUGAUAGAAGGGCCAGGAACAGAAAUGUUACUGUAUCUGCACAGUAGCUGAUAUCGAAAUGUUUCCAAAUUCCAAAGAGUCUAGUUUGCAAAUGUUACUUUCAAAGCUAAGUUCCUUAUCUUGCAGUCAGAUCCAGACAGGUCAAUCCCCUGCAUUCUCACACAGCCCAGGAUGGAUCCAGUUGCAGGGAUAGAUGUAUAAAUAGUUAAUGCUUGUGAAGCACUUUGAAGGCAUAUGGAGCACUAUAUAAAUGCUAAGUAUUAAUAGUUUUUUAUUACCUCUAGGAGCAUAAAAAGGUAGAAGUUCAAUUUGUAAACAAUUCUGCCUUCUAAUAAUAAUUGAAAUUGUCCCUAGCAAUGAGUGAAUCAUUACCCUGAGCCCAAGGCUUUGUUCACCAAAGUGAAUCCCAGAGUGACUUUUUCAGUGAGGUUAUAAACUCUUGUAAAUAGGAGUCUGUUACAGGAAUGCUGACAGACCCUUGCCCAGAGCGGUGCUGACUGCUGCUAUAGCAUAAUGACACUUUAAUGUAAUGGAAAUAUUAAACUGUUACAUAAUGGUGUGUGUUGCCUUGAAAUAUUUUUGUUCUUUUCAAGCUGUAGUAUUAAUAGUUGGGGAUACACAUUAAGAUCAUGCAAAUGCAGGAUAUGCUUGGCAUGAGAAAAUUGUUCAUCUUUGUUCUUAAAAAACCUGUAAGAUAACUAUGCAAAUGUAUUUUAUUAAAGGGACACAUAAAAGA